AUCGUGUCUGUAGGUUCCCCGAUUUUCCAACACUCUGUAAAACCGUGCCAAUUAUUCGUUCCAUCCAACCAUGAAGGUGGUUGUAGUGCUGUGCUUUUGCCUACUGGCAUUCGGACUGCUCACGACAGUGGGUGCUGCUGACGUGUGCCGCUUCGGUGAACGUUGGCGAUGCGGAAGUGCGGAUUGUGAAAAAAAGUGCGAUACCUUGACCAGCACCACCGAAUGCACCGAACCCUGCACCGAUGGGUGCUACUGUGAACCGGGAUUUGUGCGAGUGGCCGUCGGUAUCUGUUCGCCCCAGUUUGUUUGCCGCUACAAGAACGGUUCGCCUAGACGAGUAUACGCGUAAGCGGGUGUAAGGUCGUUCGGCGUGUAAUUCAAUAAAUGCAUCCCGCAACAUAG